CUUCCGGUCCGAGGAGUAACGGUCGUGCAAGACUCCGAGUUGCUAGUCGGUUGCGGAGCGAUGGUGCUCGAGGGGACCGAGGUCUGGGUGUGAAGCUGCGCGGAGACCAGGACACGCAAACCGUCUGUCUGUGAAUAUGAGCAAGGACGAGCCGCCGCGUCGAGCCGCUUCCUUUAAGUUCACCAUCGACAGCAUUCUCAAUCUGAAGUCGAGCGGGCGAGGGUUUGACAGCUGUCAUUCGAAAGCCACGCGCGCUCCAGUCCGCGGAGACGCGCUUCCUCUUCAGCGCGACGACAAUCUUAAUGAUCGCGCAGAUCGUGCAGAAGUAACCUCCGGGUGCGAGGACGAACCUUUCCAGAGCGCCGCCGGCGGAAGCGCAGACACGCACGGAAGCGCGGCGCGCGAGAACGGCACCGAGAAGAGCACGCGGACGGCGGCGAAAAAGAAAACACGCACCAUCUUUUCCAAGAGGCAGAUCUUUCAGCUGGAGUCGACUUUCGACGCCAAGCGCUACUUGAGCAGCGCGGAGCGUGCGUGCCUGGCCAGCUCUCUGCAGCUCACCGAGACUCAGGUGAAAAUAUGGUUCCAAAACCGGCGGAAUAAAUUAAAAAGGCAGCUGCUGUCGAGUGAAAUGGACGGACCGAGUACCGAGUUCAGCGACAGCGCAAAGACAGUGGCGCUUCCGCUUUUCUAUAAAGAAAACGCUUUAUUAGGAAGAUGUUUAUUACCGACACCUCUGCCGCUCGUGUAUCCCGGAAGCAGCGCGCCUUACUUGUGUUUCUCAAACGCCAACAAAUACUUCGGGCUUUUUGAAGGAGAUGUCUGACUUUCUUAAACCCACUUUUGAAAGGUCACCAUAUAUUUUUUUUUGCUAGGCAAAAUGAGUGAAAACACCUCGCUUAUUUAGCCUAAACCUACGAGUAUUAAUUUGUAUCUUGAUUUUUUUUUCUUUCUUUUUUUUUGCAGUGAAAGUUGAGAGAUUAGAAUAUCGGCUUUCAGGGACCUGUUUAUUUCUAUGCAAAGCUGAGGUUAUUUAUUUAUAAACUUUAACUAUUUUGAUAUAGCCUAACAUAUUUUAUACUCUUAUGACAACAUAUUGAGCAGCAGCCAUAUCCGCGCCAGUGCCAAUCACAUCGACAGAACAUCAAUACACAAGUUUACACUUUUAUUAUUAUUAUUAUUAUUAUUAUUAUUAUUAUUAUUAUUAUUAUUAUUACAAUUUCGCCAAAGAUCGAUGACUGCAUGUGUGUUUAAAACUUCCUGCAUAUAGGCGUACAUCCCAUGCGAGCUCAAUUCAUCCCAUUUUAAAUGAAUGUAAAUGCUAUUAAUUUUUUUGUUAUUCGUUUAUUGCAUGUUUAUUUUUAUCACUUUACUUCUUAUCGGUGUAACGUGGCCAAGUAGCUUACAUUUAGGCCUCUUCACACCUUUUUUAAAUUAAAUUUCCUGUUCUACACUUACUUCUCAAGCACUUCUUUUUUGGUCCUCAAUUCAGUAGCACACAGAAAAAUCCCCAGUGCUGGCUGAAUGAAUGCAUAUCGUACUGACCUAAAUCUCAGAAGUUUUUAUAUGUGUAUUAUAAUUAUUAUUAUAAUUAUAAUUAUUAUUAUUAUUAUUAUUAUUAUUAUUAUUAUUAUUAUUAUUAUUAUUAUUAUUAUUAUUAUUAUUAUUAUUAUAUACUGUUUGCCAAGUGUUCAUUCAGCACUGGGGCAUUUGCUAGACAUUGGUUGUAUUUGAAAGCCCUUUGUGGCAGGAGAUGGUGUUUGGAUUGUCGUGGAAUCUCUUUAAUCCUAUUUCAGUCUGGAUAAUGUUGAUUAAACAUGUGAGUGUGCUUUACAGGAAAGUAGGCUCACUAAAAAAAAAAAAUCCACCCGAAAUCUGCAUGUUUUUAAAUUUUGUUCAAGACAGAAUGGGUUUAAAAUUGAAACAGACAGUUCAUGUGCUAAAUCCUUCUCUCGAAUAGUUUAUCAUGCACAGCAAUCCAUGUGACACUGUGUCUGAAGGAGAAAAGCACACAACGGUGGUUUAACUGAAAUAAUCCAUGAAACAUCAAACCUUUGUAAUGAGGAAAGCAGUUGUUCAGGUGAAUGGGCAGACUUGCUGUACAAUGUUGUAGUAAUUGGGUUCAGCACAACUGUAAAUAAUAAAAUAAACUGUACCUUGAGGGCAAAACAAUACAUGCAAGACAUUACAGGCGAUAAAAGUUCUCUUAGCAUGUAACACAGUAACAGCAGUAUGGUCAGAUGGUAUAAAUUUAGAAGAGAUUAUGAGAUUAUGUGCAAAUGUGGUAAUUGCCCAGAAACCAUGUGCAGCAAUAGUGAUUGAAGCAGAUGUGUCACUUCAAAUGACUAUACCGUAAUACCAGCAGACUUAGGAGUGCAGAUUUAAAAGAGUGUUAUAGUAAAGUUUGUGCAAACAUUACACUAAUUCAAAUAGAAAGAACCAGGGCUUUGCAGUG